AUGAUUUGCUGCUUGAAUUUUUCGCCGCCGGGCGACCGACCCACUUUUCACAAAACACUGCAAAUUCGGCCGUACGAUUCAGAGCCUGUUGUACGAUUCAGAGCCUGUUGUCCGUUCGAGAGCCUGUUGUCCGUUCGAGAGCUCAAAAGGCCUAGUAAUUCAGAGAUAGAUAAACGGAUAUUAUAUAUCCAACAGUCUGGAAUAGCUACAUUAGGAUUUUUGGGAUUAUCAAGAAGAAAUUUAUUAAGUCUUCUUCUUUUUAAUCGAUUCAAGACUCCCGAAACUUGGAUUUCUUCGCAAAUUCAAACAAAGGUCAGACCCAAAUGGGUCGGUUCUUAUUAG